UGUCAGGCAGCUGCAUUCAGCACAGGCGAAAGUUUGAAAGGUGGUCAGCUUCAGGUGGGAAAUUAGUCUGAUAUUAAGUCUGCAGUCAUGCUGACUAUGAGUUAAUUAAUGAGGAACUGCGAUGAGUAAGUUACAAAGAAGGAAGACGCUGAGGUGAUGGGAAAUCGACACGAAAUUACAACUAUGAAAAACAAGAAGAUGGGUUUAAAUAACAGACCCAGGAACGUGGAUUUAAUACUGUGUGGAAUAUAAAUAACAUUUUUUGGGGUUCUACGAUGCAUAGGAGAUGGGUACGUCGGAGUUUGCCUCUCUUCAUUUUUACUUUCUUCAUUAUUCUGUACGUGGAUUUUCAAUUACGCACCAGCAGCCUUCCCAAACUCAGCGCGGCUCACCAUCCAUCACCCGGUGCGCACCAGCGCUCCAUCCAGCAGGUUCCCAUCGCGGCCAAGGGCGCACAGAAACCGGUUAGUAAAAGCAGCAGCAGCAGCAGCAACAACAACGGUGCUGGUGGUGGUAACCUACAUGUCGCGAAGGAAAGACACAUCACCCCCGAGGGUGCACGUGUCACCCAGGCAAAACUGAAGCAGGAGGACAUCUUCAUCGCUGUGAAGACCACCGGGAGGUUCCACAGGACGCGUCUUGCGCUCCUUUUGGAGACGUGGAUCUCCAGAACCAAGGCGCAUACGUUCAUUUUCACAGACACGGAGGAUGAGGAAUUAAGUUCAGAGGUGUGGCCAAAAAUGCAUCUUAUUCAUAUCUGUGUGUGUUUGUGUGUUUCCACUCAGAGAGAAGUUCAGUUCUGGUUCGCGACAGGAGGAGCAGGAUUCUGUCUGAGUCGACGGCUGGCGGAGAAGAUGGCGCCCUGGGCCAGUGGCACCCGGUUUGAGAAGACGUCAGCGACUAUCCGUCUCCCUGACGACUGUACGGUGGGCUUCAUCGUGGAGAAGAGGCUGGGUAUCUCUAUGGUCCACUGUCCUUUAUUUCACUCUCACCUGGAAAACCUGCUGCUCAUCCGCCACAGACACAUACCACACCAGGCGACGCUGAGCUACGGGAUAUUUGAAAAUAAGAUGAAUAGCAUUGAAGUGAAAGGAGGCUUCUCCAAAGAGGAAGACCCCUCAAGGUUUAAGACCGUCCACUGCAUGCUGUACCCUUUAACCAGCUGGUGUCCUUGAGCUCCUCGUGAGGCUGGGGACCGUGCAGUCGAUGAAGUACGUUCACUGGAUACUAUGUGUGUCUGAGUUCAAAGAAAACUGAUGGAUUUGAUGGCUGGAGUUUGAGAUGCAGAAACCAGGACUGGAGAGGCAGCAAAUUGGGAUGAAGCCUUGGGCAACAGAGG